AAGAUAGAAUCGCGCUUUCGCCAGCAUGCUGUGGAAUCGCUGUUGCAAUGGAUGAAACAAGUAGUAGUACAUUUCAUCCGAUCGCCUGCGAGUCCUGUCGCAACAAAAAGUCAAAGUGUGACCGUGAGCUGCCGAUAUGCUCGCAAUGUAGCUCUUCAGACACUUUAUGCCGAUACCCACCAAUCAAUAAAAGAGGUAUACCAUCUGGAUACAUAUCUUUCAUCGAACAGCGACUCCUCGAGACUGAGAUUGUCGUUUUGGAACUUCUUUCGGCCAUUUACGAGUCGCGUGUACCGAUCGAACCUCAGCGCCUUCCCGAGAGGGAUCGUCGGUUGUUAUCAGAGUAUGGCCAGAAGCAAGCCAAAACACAUAAAAUUGAAGAAUGGAGAAACCUUCCUCUUACUACGGAGGAGCAGAGACGCACUUGGUGGUUGAAGAAAAGCGAACGUAUCGCAAAGGCGGCAGAAACCAGUGGCGAUCACCCAACCCAGAGGAGUCCCGCUGCAACCAGUCCCUGGGCAGCAAAUUCAAGCAGAAAUAUACAUGAUGAGAGCACGCAAGUGCUAUUAGGCGCUGAACAAGCGACCAUUCUGCCGGGACAACCUCCAGGAAUGCAAGUUUCGUGGCGACCAGUUGCUGAUGGAACUGGGUUAUCUGAACCAGAUACGAAUCUAGAACAUCUUGACCAAAACACCACAGGCUUCUCUCCACUAGAAGACAUAUCUGGCGAAGGAUAUCCCGAUGUACCAGAGGCGCCUACACCUCCAUGCCAAUCAACGUUGCAGUCGCAUUCUGCGGCCGACGCGAGAUGGCGAAAAUACUUUUGAGAAGAAGAGUACUUUCUUUUCCUCUAUGUUAUUUUGUUUCUACGAAUUUUUAGGUAGCAAUAUAUUGCGCAAGAUACUCGGCA